AUGGACAGCACACUCGCACUUUCACCCUGGUCACCCCUCGACACCCCAAUCUCAUUCCGAUGGCAAUUCACCACAUCCGACGCACGUUCCGAGCCCAUACCACCUCCUAGAGCACCCAGGAUCGCUCAGCGCCUUCCGAGUCCGCCGCCUCCCACCUCAUCAUCUGCCGUGCAGAUCAGCCAAGGGGUCUGGGAGGAGAACGACGACAUCUACUACACAUCCAGCUACCCUCCGGCCCAGGAAUACCUAGCCCUCGCACGCAAGAGCGACAGGCGGCCCCCGCCACCCUCCGACCUCGUCUACGCACUCGCGGCGCUUCAAGUCAUACGCACCCCCUCGGAUCGGGCACACUGGAUGUUCUGGGGGAAUGGCGCCUACCACGAAACCGCAAGUGCGGUGAGCAGGAUAGCCUUACACACCCCGAGGCUCAUCAAGUCCGACGUGCCCUGGAUCGGAGGCUCAGAAUUCAAAUCGAUCCUAGCCAACAUCCAGGAGAAGUACACCUACGUCGCCAUCUACAAAGAGUGGUACCCCACCGACACCUACCGCCCCGAGACCAAUGCAAAGAAGCGUGCUCUUCGCAGCAGCGACAACGGUCGUCCGGCCAUGACCGUGAACGAGUUCUUCAACAUCCAAGAAGAGGACUUGAAAACUCGCAAAUCGAAGAAGAGACCGCCGUCGGACGCGCAGACGACAUCCCCGGCACCCAAACGUGCACGUCGGGCGGCUGCACCCAAGGUUUCCGCGCCGAAGCCACUCGAGCUCGAACCGGAGGCGGACGACCCUGCGCACAGUAGCACAGACGAGCCUGUACAGGACUCUGUACCGCAGGGCCCACGAACGAGCAAACGGCACAAGGUCGCCCCCUCCAGAGCCCCCCGCACCAUCUCCGAAUCCUACGUUGCCCAACCCCAUCACGCCGAUACCCAACCCGCCACCGGAUCCGCCUCGCCUCCCUCCGCCUCGUCAUCAGACUCCGAGCCUCCACUAUCCCCGCCCACCCCGCUUUCUUCUUUGCACUCGCGAAACAGAUCUACGUCUUCGUCAACGGAGACGCUUGUCGAUGACGCAGAGGGCACUGGCAAGACUCGGUCUUCGUCGGUGCUGUCCGCGGACACGGUCGUGUCCUCAUCGUGUCCUCCGUCGUCGAAGAAGCGGAAGGCGGAGGAUGCCCUCGACGUCGUUGGGACUCAGAGUCCCGAGGAGGAGCCCGAGCCAUCGGUGCGGAUGAUUACCCGUGGUCGCGCGUCGAAGCUGACACAGUUGGAGUCGGCGUCGACGUCGGAGAAGAGUGCACCUCCGUCGCGGACGGGGACACCCGCACUGGCUGAGUCCCGAGCAAAGCCGUCACGAACGAGAACGAGACCCAAACGCGCGCGUGUAUGA